AUGUCUCGUCUCUUUCUGCGAACACUUGCCGCAACCGCUGCCCGACCAGUACAGCGCCGGGCAGCUGCGGCCCUCGUCGGUGGCGCCCUGACCUUGUACGCCAUCGAGUCUGAUGUGCUCGCAGACGCCAAGAGCGUGAUGGCGGGGCUGCGCGUCGACGCACUUGAGCGGUACACGGUACAGCUGGACGCGGCAAAGCCCGUUGUGGCUGACGACCCGAACAUGGUCGUCGACCGCGCGACGGGCGUCGCGCACGCCAUCGAGUUGCGGCCCGCGUCUGCGCCUGCACUGGCUCUCGUCGGCGUUGGCGUCCGCACCGUCUCCUUCCUCUACAUGAAGGUGUACUCGGCCGGAUUCUACGUCGACGACUACACGCUCAAGCGUCUUCCGUCCUUGCCGGGAUGGAAGGGGUAUACCCCGGCGGAGCUGCAGGGGCCAGAAGCCGAGACGUUGAUCCAGUCCAUGCUCGAUGCGCCGGCGGCGGUUGCCGUCAACGUCAUCCCCGUCCGCAACACCGACUUUGCUCACCUCCGUGAUGGCCUCACCCGCACGUUGGUCGGGCGGAUGAAGAUGGGACGGCACCGCGGCGAGAUCACGCCCGAAGACGACGCACGGCUCACCGACGCGAUGCAGGAGUUCAAGGCCGUCUUCCCCGGAGGCAGCGUACCCAAGGGCAACAGCCUGACCCUCGUCCGUGCGGCCGACGGGAACCUGUCCGUCGAGUACCAGGGGCGGGUGCUUGGCAAGGUCGCCAACCAGUGGAUUGCCAACAACCUCAUCAUGGCUUACUUCAACACUGCGGCGCCCAUCUCGCCUCCGCUGCGCGACUCUGUUGCUGAGGGGUUGGCCAAGUACGCGUAG